GAUUGUGUUGUAAAAAUGAAGAAGUUAUAUCUUGCUGCCAUAGCAGGAAAUCUGGGCAUGCUAUCAGUCGGCCAAUUUUUCGGUUGGUCCUCGCCAUCCUUGCCGAUAUUAAUGCAAGGAACGGAUGAAUAUCCUGUACAUCUAAUUUCUGAAGAAGCCUCUUGGGUAGCAUCUUUACUUACAUUUGGUUCAGCCGUGGGUGCCAUUACUUGUACAACCAUCGUGAAUGUCUUCGGUAGAAAAAAAACCAUGUUAUUUACGGCCAUACCUUCGAUAAUCAGUUGGUUGAUGAUAGCUUUCGCAACAUCAUCAUGGGAGUUAUAUAUAUCAAGAUUUAUAUCCGGUUUAGCUGCGGGUAUCGCUUAUUCAGCCACGCCAAUGUACUUAGGUGAAAUUUCACCAGCACACAUCCGCGGUAAUUUGACAUCCAUGUUAACAGUCGCAGCAAAAAUCGGCACUUUAAUGAUAUAUAUAAUAGGCCCAUUUUUAUCGAUACAAAAUCUCGCCUUCGUGUCUUUGAUUGCGCCUUGUCUAUUUAUACUUGCUUUCAUCUGGCUACCGGAGUCUCCGUACUAUUUGAUGUAUCGCAACGAUAAGCAAAAAGCCGUAAACUCUCUCGUUCAAUUAAGAGGCAAAAAGAAUAUUUACAAAGAGGCAAAUGAUAUUGAGCGAUUUGUAAAAGCCGAUUUAACUAAUAAAGCUGAUUUUCGAGAACUCUUAUGCGUGCCAGGAAAUCGCAGGGCUCUAAUAAUAACAUCCUGUCUGGGCAUAAUUCAACAAAUGAGCGGUUCUCAAGCGGUGUUGCAGUACGCUCAAAUCAUCUUCGAUCAGGCGAAUAGUAAUCUGGAGGGCAAAUACAUGACCAUGAUACUGGGUGCCGUGCAACUAAUAGUUUCCAGCAUUUGUAUGUUCAUCACUGAUUAUAGCGGUAGGAAGUCGCUGCUGAUAAUCUCCUGCCUUGGUGCAGCGUGCUCGACCGCUAUGGUCGCGACGUAUUUCAAUCUGCAAUACAAUCAUAUAAAUACCAAUCAUCUAGUUUGGUUGCCCACCACUGGUGUGAUCAUGUAUAUAAUCAUGUAUGCUGUGGGCCUAGCUUCGCUACCGUACACCUUACUCAGCGAACUGUUUCCCAUAAAUAUGAAGGCUCUCGGCAGCACGAUUAUUUUAGUAUUAAUCAAUUUAUUGGGUUUCAUUGUGACAACAUCAUAUUUGAUCAUUGCCGAUAUUGCUGGCGUACACGUACCAUUUUGGAUAUUCACCGCGUGUAGUUUCGCUGGUGCUUUAUUCAUAUUCCUCUAUAUUCCUGAAACCAAAGGCAAGACGUUAGAACAGAUACAAGUGCAAUUGCAACGCUUAUCAAAAGUGAGAACAUAA